AUUUCUUUAAUUAUUAUUCCUCUGAAAAACCCAAAAACCUCACCUUCCCAACUUUGUCUUCUCCUCCAAGCGGCGGCGCACCCAUCAGUCACCCCGUCCGCCUUCUUCUUCUUCUUCUUCGCCGAUCACAGCUGUCCAUCACUGCUACAUCACGGUCGUCUUCCUCUCUCUCUGUCACGAGCUUGGGUCCGGUUCCCUCUCUGUCACGAGUGUCCUUGAUUGCUUUCGAAGAGAAAGAAAUGCCUCUGUAUGAUUGUGUGCUUCUAUUUAAGCCCCAUGUGCAAAAGGAGCUUUCGAUGGACUUGAUAAGACGAGUAGGAAAACAUGUUUGUAGCAGAAAUGGGGUUCUCACUGAGAUGAAAUCGUUUGGGACUGUUCAGUUGGGGUAUGGCAUCAGGAAGCUUGAUGGACGAUACUAUCAGGGUCAACUCAUGCAGAUGACAAUGAUGGCGACACCCAAUUUUAACAAGGAGUUGCACUACUUGAACAAGGAAGACAGGCUGUUGCGUUGGCUUUUAGUUAAGCAUCGUGACACAAAACAUGGGCUGGAGUUCCUUAGUGAAGAGGAUGGGAACUUGGAGCUCAGCAAACUCCCUCGAGGCAAUAUAUUUAAUGACGUCGACGAGGAAGAGGAUGAUGAUGAGGAUGAGGAUGAGGAUGAGGAUGAUGAUGAUGAUGAUGAUGAAUAUGAUGAGAACCAAGAGAAUAGUGGAGAACACUGAUGGGUAAAAGAAUUUGAUUGUCUGAGGAUAAGGCAGAACAUUGAUAGACAAUAGAAGUUCAUAGUUUAUGUUCUUUGUCAUUGUAGUUUGCUGUGACUUAUGUUCUGCUUGGGUCUUAAGCAGCCAGAAGAGUUACAUUUCACUAACUUAGCCUGUCCAUGUAUUUUCUGCAUUUUCCCAGUAGCCUUCAAAGUAUUUUGUAUUUUUUAUCAGCAGGCACAUUUCUUGAAAAAUAAAAAUUCAGCCUAUUACAUCUGUGAUGCUCAACA